GCGAAAAUCGAAAAGGUCCACUGUCCAUUCCGCCUUUACCGCUACAAAUACUCUUCAAAGACUAAGAGGACGUGCUGAUUGACUAGUCUUGUUAGCAGCGCUCUUGUAGUCUUUUCUUGUAGCCUUUCUUUGUUAUUUUUUUCUGUGUGUGUCUGUGCUAGGAUAUUAAACCAAUAUGUAUAAAAUUGCGUCGACUUUAGCCUUUCUAUCGCUCUUCAUUUGCUGCCAUUGCCAAUAUAGGGAACAGGCGGAGCAAGAAUACCCCAGGAGACCCCCACCGGCCAUUUUAACUCAUAAACAAGCCCUAAAUCACGAUGGAAAUUUCAAGUAUCUGUUUACGUCUGAAAAUGGUUUGGCCCAAGGCGAGAGUAUUGCCCCUGAUGGGACAAGGACAGGAGGUUACAGUUAUAUUGACCCCAAUGGUAAAAAGAUAUCUGUGAAGUAUACCGCUGGAAAGGAAGGAUUUAAGAUUUUGGAGGCUGACCAUUUGCCUAAGGCUCCACUGCCGGUUGCUCCUUUGCCUGCGCCCCAACAACAACAAGCUGCUUACUCACAACCUCAAGCAAAUAACCAACAUGAUGAUGGCUCCUACCGUCCAGAAUUCUAUGAAAGACCGCAAACCCAACAAUCCGGGGGUGGUGGAGUGGCCCAAUCCUAUUAUCACCCUAAAGUAUUCACACAAGCUGCCCAGCCAAGACCUGCUUAUCAACAGCCUCAGUACCCCCAGUACCCACAACUACAAGUGAGGCCGACUCCUAGUUCGAACGAGUUAGGAGAGAAGGAACCAGAAUACAAUGAUGCCCCCGGGAAACCUUAUACCUUUGGCAGUGGGUACCUCUUUGAAUUUGGGUCUGGUUAAUGCUUAAGUUAAAAAUAAUUAACACUGUUUAACAAUUGUUUUAUUGUAAAGUAUUAGUUAGUUUGUGUGAUUGUAAAUGGUGCGAAGAGACUUCAUCUAGUUUUCACAAAGAUACCCAUUUGUGUUAGUGAUUUUAGGCUACAGAUCUUUUAUUUUAUGUACAUACUUUUUUGUGAGUUCCCCUUAUAUGUUUCGAAAAUAUAUAUAAUUGUUAAUGAA